AUGGAUUUCAUCAAGACCAGUUCCCUGCGUGCUCUGAUUGAGUUAACUUUCCAAUGCAAGUGGAACGGCCUAAUUUGGAUGAGUAGAAAAGGAGUUAUAGCCAAAAGAGUGAAGGCUGUCCAGACGGCCAUAUCGAGAAUCAGCGCCAACCGCACAGACCGGCUGGCCGAGAAACGAUGUUCCGCGCUCGGCCAAAACAUAUCCGUCCGACUGAAGUCUCGGCCAAAGUUCGAAGCCACCGGCCGAUCACGCAACACGACCCGGGAAACAUUGUCCCGCGGUCGGCCAAGCCAAACGUCACGCCACGCCGCGCACGACCAUGCCGCGCGAGCCGGGGAACAAGCCUCGCGGCCGCGCAACCCGUUCGCGUACCACGGCCGAUGCAUCCGUCCGAGCCGGGAAAUAACGUCCCACGUCCGGCCGAGAAACCAUCGGCCAAAUCUUCUCCGCCCGACCACGCCGGCCGACCGUGAAACAUCCGGCCCCGACCGUUCCGACUCGGCCACAACCCGACUGUCCGGCCGAUCGUCCCGACGACCGUCCGAACGCCGCGGUCGACCCGAAGCCGUUUUUGAAGCCCAAUCCGCACAAUUCAAGCCCAAAGCCGGCGCCGACCUAGCUAGAUUAGGUUUAGCCGCCUUCUACAUACUUAGAGCAUUAUAA